UCAAAGCAGACCCACUGGUCUCCUCCACCCUCCUCACCCCUGCCUGAAGGGCAGAGGCUACUGGCCCCACGGAGCAGGUCCCACCAUGGCUCUGAGCAUCUUAUCCAAACAGUUCUGCGUCCGAAGGCCUCGGCCUCGAAAGAAGCCCCCCAGCACCCACGCCAUGAAGGAGGAGGCCUUUCUCCGGCGCCGCUUCUCACUGUGUCCGCCGGCCUCCACCCCGCACAAGACGGACCCCCGGAAGCUCACGCGGACCCUGCUCCUGGGAUUCGAGAAUGAGCUCAGCCCAGUUAGCCCAGGGAAGGACAUGGAGCCCAAUGGCCUGUCACUGCCAAGAGAUGAAGAGCCCCCCACCUCGGGCUCCACCGCCAAGGUGCCACCGGCAGAGAACAGACUGUGCAAUGGGUCUGACAAGGAGUGUGUGUCCCCGACAUCCAGGGCCUCCAGGAAAGAGACCCUCAAGGCGCAGAAGGAGACCUACCGAAAGGAGAAGAAGCGCGCGACCAAGCAGCUCUUCAGUGCCCUCACAGACCCCAGCGUGGUCAUCAUGGCCGACAGCCUCAAGAUCCGUGGGACCCUGAAGAGCUGGACCAAGCUGUGGUGCGUGCUGAAGCCUGGGGUGCUGCUCAUCUACAAGACGCCCAAGGUGGGCCAGUGGGUGGGCACCGUGCUGCUGCACUGCUGUGAGCUCAUCGAGCGCCCCUCCAAGAAGGACGGCUUCUGCUUCAAGCUCUUCCACCCACUGGACCAGUCAGUCUGGGCCGUGAAGGGCCCCAAAGGUGAGAGUGUGGGGUCCAUCACACAGCCCCUGCCCAGCAGCUACCUGAUCUUCAGGGCCGCCUCGGAGUCGCACGGGCGCUGCUGGCUGGACGCCCUGGAGCUGGCCCUGCGCUGCUCCAGCCUGCUGCGGCUGAACACCUGCAAGCAGGGCCGCAACAGCGAGCCGGGGUCCUCGCCCGACGCGUCGCCAUCCUCGCUGUCCGGACUGCCCGGCUCAGUCGCCGUCCACCCAGACCAGGACCUGUUCCCGCUGAGCGGCUCGUCCCUGGGGAGCCCCCUGGAGCAGGACGCCUUCUCGGACAAGUCGGAGAACGCCGAGGACUCAGGGCCAGAGACCCAGGACCCCAGCCGCAAGACCAGCGGGAGUGGCAGCGACCAGUCUGAGAGCCCCGGGGGGCCCCGCAGGGGGACCACCUACGUGGAGCAGGCCCUGGAGGAGCCUGGGGAGCUGGAUGAGGAGCCCCAGGUGGAGACCGUGUCGGAGGAGAACAAGGGCCUCAUAUGGGUGCUGCUGCGGCAGCUGCGGCCGGGCAUGGACCUGUCCCGCGUGGUGCUGCCCACCUUCGUGCUGGAGCCCCGCUCCUUCCUCAGCAAACUCUCCGACCACUACUGCCACGCCGACCUGCUCUCCAGGGCUGCCCGGGAGGACAACGCCUACGGCCGCAUGAAGCUGGUGCUGCGCUGGUACCUGUCAGGCUUCUACAAGAAGCCCAAGGGAAUCAAGAAGCCCUACAACCCCCUGCUGGGCGAGAUGUUCCGCUGCCGCUGGAUCCACCCUCAGACGCGCAGCUGCACCUUCUACAUAGCGGAGCAGGUGUCCCACCACCCGCCUGUGACGGCCUUCCACGUCAGCAACAGGAAGGAUGGGUUCUGCAUCAGCGGCAGCAUCGUCGCCAGGUCCAAGUUCUACGGUGAGUGGGGCUCCCCGGGGCUCCUGGGCCCGAGGGACAUGGGGCAGGACCAGGGCUCACAUGGUGGCCGUGCACACCCUCAAGGUCAGGGACCACAGGUGGCAAAAGUGCCGAGACCUGUCUUCUGGACCCCCAGCAGGGAGGUCCGCAGGCAGAGCCUGAAGCGCCACACGGUGCUGUUUGAGGAGCAGAUGGAGAUGGAGUCUGAGAGGCUCUGGCAGCACGUCACUAGGGCCAUCCACGAGGGAGACCAGCACAGGGCCACCCAGGAGAAGUGUGUGCUGGAGGAGGCGCAGCGGCAGCGCAUCCGCGAGCACCAGCAGGGCCUCACGCCCUGGACACCACAGCUGUUCCACCUGGACCCGCUCACCCACGAGUGGCGCUACCGAUACGAGGACCACAGCCCCUGGAAUCCCCUGACGGACGUCACCCAGUUUGAGCAGGAUGGGGUUCUGCACACCCUGCAACGGGAGACGGUGGCUCACAAGACCACCUUCCUGGGCAGCCCGGAGUCAGGGCGUGAGAGGUCCGGCCCAGACCGGCGACUCCGCAAGGCCAGUGACCAGCCGUCUGGCCACAGCCAGGUGACGGAGAGCAGCGGCUCCACGCCCGAGUCCUACCCAGAGAUCUCGGAUGAGGACUGCGACUCUGCUCCCGCUGAUGACAGCCCAUGUCCUCGGUGCAGGAGGGAGGCACAGCAGCUGCAGGCACUGCGGGAGGCCGUGCUGUCCAUCCGGGAGGCCCAGGAGGAGCUGCACAGGCACCUGUCGGCCAUGCUGAGCUCCGUGGUGCAGGCUGGGCAGCCCGCCCCCGGCCUCCUGCAGAGCCCCCGCACCUGGUUCCUGCUCUGCGUCUUCCUGGCUUGUCAGCUCUUCAUCAACUACAUCCUCAAAUAAGGGCCCCUGGGGCAGCGGGCUUCCCUGCAGACCCCACCCCGAGCCUGAGCCUCCCUCCCAGGCACCCAGCACUUUACGCCAGCCCCACGGAGGCAGAAAGGCCUGGCCAGCCUGCCACUGUGGCAGAGGCCCACGGCAGGAGGGAGGGAGCAG